AUGAGUAAUCCCCAGGAGCACCUCACAGCUUUUGAAGCAAGAAUGAAAUUGGAAGGAGUAGGCGACACGGUCAGAUGCCGACCAUUCCCCGUGACGCUGGUCGGCCCAGCGAUCCGAUGGUUCAACGCGCUCCUACAAGGAUCCAUCACGGCCUUUUCGGACAUCUCCCAGAGCUUCUUGGCUCGGUUCAUGACAUGCAUAGCCAAAGCAAAGCACCCAAUUAACUUACUAGGGGUUAUCCAAAAACCCGAGGAGCCAACCAGAAAGUUCCUGGACAGAUUCAACGACAAAUUUUUGGAUAUCGACGGCCUUACGGACUCAGUCGCUAGUCUCUGCCUAACGAACGGCCUGCUAAACGAGGACUUUAGGAAGUACCUCACUACUAAGCCUCUCUGGUCCAUGCAGGAGAUUCAAAGCGUGGCCAAGGAAUACAUCAAUGAUGAGGAGGUGAGUCAGGUUGUAGCAGCCAACAAACGGCAGCUCUCAAACCCCUCAGCUCGGCAGGCCCCCCAGGUCGACAGAUACAAGGAAGCUCCCAGGGACGACACCAUAGCCAAGCAAUCCAAGCAACCCCCAUGGGUAGGAAGGUUCACAAACUACACACCACUCACGACGCCCAUAGUGGAGGUUUACCAACAAAUUGCAGACAAGGAAAUCCUAUCCAGACCUAGACCAUUGAAAGAAAGAACGGGAGGCAACAAAAGCCUUUACUACGAUUAUCACAAGGGAUUCGGUCACAAAACCCAAGACUGCUUCGAUCUCAAAGAUGCCUUAGAGCAGGCCAUCAGAGAUGGAAAGCUGAGCGAAUUCUCCCAGCUCAUCAGAGAGCCGAGGAGACGGGAAUGUGAAUGCUCCGAGGAAGAUCGUAGCCAGACUGUGAAGCCAAGGCAAGAACCCAUAGGGGACGCCAACAACCCCUCAACCUUUGUGGUCAACAUCGUGGUCGGGCACGACAGCCCUCUUAAAUCAAAGUCGGCAACAAAAAAGGAUACCCGGAUCCUAUCCAUCUCGACAGAAGGUCCCAUUGUCAGCAGAGGACCUCCCACGAUAUCCUUUGGCCCAGAAGAUAAAUGGUUUCACGACCUCCCCGAGAACCCCCCCCAAGGUGGUCACAGCGAUGGUCGGGACAGGGUUAGUCAGACGAAUCCUCAUCAAUACCGGGGCCGACUCUAA